AUGUCAUUGCCUAUCGCUCCCCGCCCCGCACAAGGCGCCGGCGAUCAACCACCACUCUCCCCUGCCCUUGUAAAAGCGCGCAAAAUCUCAACCGCUUGCGGGGCGUGUAAGCAGCGGAAGACACGAUGCACUGGUGGCCAGCCUUGUGAUGCAUGCGCCACGCGCAACAGCGAAUGUAUCUACAAUGUUGAGGCGGACCAACGACGCAAGAUUGCAAACCAGAGGAAUGUGCAGGAUCUUGCAGAGGCUCAACUGGAUCUCAACCGCUAUCGCGAGGUGCUCGGUGGCAUGAUCGCCAUCGUCCGUGCUGGGAAUUCUCGCUCGACGAAUGAACUUAUCGAUAUGAUCCGGAGUCGCAUCGAUUUAUCCUCUCUUGCCGCAUACGUGCGUAACGAAGUUCGCGCAAACAUGGCUGUCGAGCAAGCUUUCCAUACUAUCGAUUUCAAUAUGGACAGCGGUCUGGAUCUUCCGUCUCCGUCUCAGCUGCUUAGCCGAAUGGACUCCGGUCAACAGAUGCCACUUCAGCCGUCGCAUCCUGGAUCAGAGAAUACGUCUGGAUCGACAAGCAAUUAUGACCCAGCGUUACCGCAUUAG